GAAGCAUUUUUCAGGCGCCAAAAGUCAUUAUCAAUUGUUUUUUGCACAAGGGACGACAUUCUGGGAUUUACUUCGAAUCUUUGGAAGAGACAUGAAGACAAUGUAUCUUUGGUACCAGCUUUCAGUCGUUCUAUCAGGUAAGAAUCUGCUUUAAAGAAUUACUAAAAGGUAAACAGAUCGAGAAAGGGGCGAAAAAUUGGUAAUUUUUGAAUGAACGUUCGCCUUCCAUUUAAGCAAAGUCCCAUCACGUUUUUGCCAUCCUUGGAUAGAAAAAGCAUAAAAUUUUUGCAAGAGAGGAGAAUUCCAACCGAUUGAAUUUUGCAAGAAAGAAAGAUUCUUACGACGAAUAACUGAACUUAAUUUCCGAUGCUGAAAAAUUUACGUAUGCGAAAAAUUUCUUUUAUUGGCAGUCAUCACAACAAUAUGUUAUUAAUUAAGGAAAUAGUGAUAAACCAAAGACAACAAUUCUGUAUAAAUAAUUAAAAAUUGAACUCUCACAGUUUCGAUUGAAAAUUUUUUUGGCUUUGCUUUUUUUAUAUUUGUUAAAAUUAACGGCGAUUCUGCGCUGAAAAGACUGAAUAUAUGCAACACUUUUUUCAGUGACAAAAGCAAGAGAGAUGACAGCAAAUUGUGACGCAGGAUCUGUAAUAGCUUGGGAGACCAAAUAAUGAGUUUUCUCGUCUCGUCUUAAAUUAAAAAAUGCCAAGAAGCUUUUAUCCAGUCUGAAAGAAACCAAUUUGAUUCUUUUUCCUCGUUGUUUCCUACUUCUAAACUUUAUAGUGAUAAAUACAUUUGUCUAUUAAGGUUUGGGCGAGAAAAACAUCUUCCAUUCGCAUAAAGUAGAAAAUAGUUUGGCAGAUGGCUCUUUCGGUAAACCCUUGAGGUUGUUUCAUAUUCAAAUGAAUAUCAGUUGUAACCCGAGCUAUUGUUUUGACUGGCAACCUCAAUAAAUUGAUUUUAAAAGCAGAGGACUAGUUUAUAAUUAAAACUGAAAUUUUUUUAAUCGCGAAAUAAAAACUUAGGUUGCCGUUGUAGGAGGAAUUCCGCGAGCUUUUUAUUGUUUUCCUUAUCAAUUUUUUCUUUAGAAAAAGUAAUGUGGGUGGCCUUUCUAAUUUAGUGAAACAAAUGUCCAAUAAGAAAAAACACAAAACCACCACGAAGAAACAUGUCACAGAAAUAAUUGGACAGUUUUAUAUAUCUUUCUUUUGCAUAGCUCUGUCGUGUGUGAGGCUAGUUCUUGCUUAUGGUAAGUAUUGGAAGGUUUUGUUUUGAAGCAUACGCACAGAGAUCUUGUUCAGUUCAGUACAGCAAAAUUCUCCUAGGGAUACAAAUUGAACGAUUGAACCCAAUCUUAAAAGAUGUGUACUAAUUUAGAUCUUCAUUUGCAUUUGCAUCCCAGGAUGGUGAAAAACCUUUUCAGUGAGGUUAGCCUUCCAUAGUAGGAUGACGGUUUAUUAAAGUCUGUCUAAAAUUGCACUGAACCUCUAACCGCAUUAAUUGUUUUGAAGGAUGGCUUCUUACUCGACACUGACGAAAUUUGUUCAUCAAAUUUGUUUUCAUUUUGAUAGAAACUCAGCUUCGUAUGAUAUCCCCUUCGGUCACUGUGUAUGACGCAGUGAAAUAUUCCUUUGCUCCAUGUCUGUCCUUGGAAAUAACCCAUUUUGGUAUUUUUUCAACAAGGGGAAAAAGAGUCCCGAGUGUUAUUUGCCAAGUUAAUGCAGACAUAUCUUGUCACCGCUAAUUAACAUCUACAGUCCAUCGUAUUAAAAUAACUGUGGCCAUCUGGCAUGGCUUGGGGUAAUAAUAAUAUUUAUAGUAAUACGUAAAAGCACGCGAAGUUGAAUUGACAUUUUACAUGAAAAAUAAAUAUGUUUCUCGUCUUGUCACGAAUGUGGAGCAACUCAAGUCCUCAUGAGGAAUCGAACUUCAGACGAUCAGUGGGAAGACAUUAGAUGCUACUACUGCGAAAGUCGAGUCUCUUUUAAGGAGUGCGACGAGAGCAUGAAACUCGUGCAAUGUGAUGGAAAGUUUGGGUUUGACAGAUGCAUUAAGACAUACAUCAAGGCUUCCAAGUAUACACAAGAAACUUACCUGCGGGGUUGUCUUAGUGCAAGUGCAUGCGAGGCUCCUUCAUGCAAGGCUCGUGGCAAUGAUACCUGUGAGGUAUAUUGCUGUGAAGAAGAUUAUUGCAACAAAUCUACCACUCGGAUGGUCAGCGGUACCAUGCUAUUUAUAUUUUCAAUGCUUAAUGUUCUGAUGGGGCAAAUGUCUUAA